UUUCACAGUUCUAAUUUCAUACACUAGACUCACAGGUUAGACCGGAAACAAAGAAGACCCAUCCUCCUGAUAUCGCGCUUCGUAACCCCAAUCCACCACGAAACUGCCUGUCACUGCACGUUCAUGAGUAUUUUGUAGUCUAGUGUUUGACCUCGCUCCCUUCCUUGUUUUUAUUUUCCUCACAAAAGACAAACAAAUCCACUGAUCUGCCGGAUCGGCAUCUUACUGCCUGGGUGGGUUGCUACACAAUGCUAAUCACAAUCUCGAGAUCAAAACACUUGGAGGAAGAUCCUUCGCUGAAAAUGAUGGUCUGAAAGAUCACAAUUUCGGUUCACUUUUGAAUCUCUCACCGUAGUUCCGGAGCUUGGUGAGGGGGGAAAUGAUCCAUGGAGUUCAGCGAGCAUGAGGGCAUGACAGUUCGAGAAGUCUGUGAAAAUGGGAGUUGCAUGGGAACAGCAGAAGUUGAAGCAAAGCUUGAUGAAGGAGAUAUUCAAGAGGCAGAAUCUUCAUUGCGUGAAGGCUUAUCACUCAAUUUUGAGGAAGCAAGGGCACUUCUGGGGAAGUUGGAGUAUCAGAGAGGGAAUGUGGAAGGCGCUCUUCGUGUGUUUGAUGGGAUUGAUCUCCAAGCUGCCAUACAGCGAUUGCAACCUUCCAUUCCGGAAAAACCAUUAACUAAGAAGGGGCGGAUUCGUACUGAGCCACCUCCUUCGGUCUCUCAGCAUGCUGCUAGUUUGGUACUUGAAGCCAUCUACUUAAAAGCACGUUCUCUACAAACUCUAGGGAGAUUAACUGAAGCUGCAAAUGAAUGCAAAAGUGUGCUUGAUGCCGUUGAAAAGAUAUUUUAUCAGGGAAUACCUGAUAUUCAUGUGGACAAUAGAUUGCAAGAGAUAGUGAGCCAUGCUGUAGAGCUCCUUCCAGAGCUUUGGACACAGGCUGGUUGCUAUCAUGAGGCAAUAUCUGCCUAUAGGCGUGCCCUUCUCAGUCAAUGGAACCUUGCUAAUGAUUGCUGUGCAAGAAUUCAGAAAAGUUUUGUUGUAUUUUUGUUGUACAGUGGGGUAGAGGCUAGCCCACCCAGUUUAGCGGUUCAGAUUGAUGGGUCAUAUGUACCUAAAAAUAAUUUGGAAGAGGCAAUUCUGCUUCUUAUGAUUCUCAUUAGAAAGUUUUGCUUUGGUCAGACCAAAUGGGAUCCAUCAGUGAUGGAACACCUGACUUUUGCACUUUCUGUAUGUGGCCAAACAUCUGUAUUGGCUAAGCAACUUGAAGAGCUAAUGCCUGGGGUUUACAGUCGGACUGACCGUUGGAAUUAUUUAGCUUUAUGUCAGAGUGGAGCUAGACAUAACAAAAGUGCUUUGAAUCUUCUGCGGAAGUCUUUGCGUAAUCAUGAUCGACCAGAUGAGGUUAUGUCACUGCUGUUGGCUGCCAGGAUCUGCUGUGAGGAUCCUCAACUUGCUCCUGAGGGAGUAGGGUAUGCACAAAGGGCAAUCGCAAAUGCUCAGGGACCAAAUGAGCAUCUUAAAGGUGUGGGUCUCCGAAUGUUGGGACUUUGUCUGGGAAAGCAAGCUAAGGCUGCUUCCUCUGACUUUGAGAGGUCUUGCCUUCAGUCCAAAGCUUUGAAAUCAUUGGAGGAGGCAGCUGGAGUGGAGCCAAAAAAUUCUGAUAUAACCCUUGAGCUGGCAAUUAAAUAUGCAGAGCACCGGAAUUUGACCACUGCUUUGUCCUAUGCAAAGAAGUUCUUUGAUGAAACAGGUGGAUCUAUAUUAAAAAGUUGGAGAAUGCUUGCCCUGGUUUUGUCUGCUCAACAAAAAAUUUCAGAGGCUGAGGUGGUAACAGAUGCAGCUCUAGAUCAAACUACAAAAUGGGAACAGGGCCCGCUGCUUAGGCUGAAAGCAAAGCUUAAGAUCUCCCAAUCACGACACAUGGAUGCUAUUGAAACAUAUCGGUACCUCCUUGCAUUGGUUCAAGCCCAGAGAAAAUCCUUUGGCUCACUCUUUACUUGUCCGCAGGUUGAUGAUGGUAAAGUAAAUGAAUUUGAGAUUUGGCAUGGUCUGGCAAAUUUAUAUGCCAGUCUUUCUCAUUGGAAGGAUGCUGAAAUAUGUUUGCGAAAGGCCAAAGUGUUGAAGCCAUAUUCUGCUGCAUUGAUGCACACCAAAGGUGUAAUAUUUGAAGGAUGUGAAGAAGAUCAAGCUGCUCUUGGUGCCUUCUUUAGCGCAUUCAUCCUGGAUCCAAGCUAUGUUCCAAGCAAGAUCUUGUUAGGUUCUCUAAUGCUAAAAAUCGGUUCAAAGGGAUUGCCUGUGGCUAGAAGCUUACUUUCUGAAGCUCUGAGAGUAGACCCCACUAAUUGCAAGGCUUGGUAUUAUAUGGGUGUUGUUCACAAAGAGGAUGGUCGGAUGAGUGAUGCUGCUGACUGCUUCCAGGCAGCUUCCAUGCUUGAAGAAUCGGAUCCGAUUGAAAGUUUCAGCUCUGUUAUUUGACCCCAAGUGUAAAUGGGUGAUCCAUCUUCAAAGUGUUCUGGAAAAAAAAAAAAAAAACAUGCCCAAGACAGUUUUGGAAUGCAGUGCAGGUGUCGUUUUUGCUUUUCAUUGUAUUUCUUGUAGUCGGCAUAAACUAGGGUUGAAGAAUGAAGAGAGAAAAAUUGCUUCAAACACUGUUGAAUGAAUAAGGAGAGAGAAAAGAAAGGGAUCGAUGCCAUCGUAGUUGUAGGGUCGAUGUAUAAAGAGCUUAGACUGUGAUUCUUAUAUUUGUUUAAUUGCUGCUCAGCCCUGUAAAUGUAUGUUGCUGAACACAGAAUUUCCACUGAGAAGAGAUUCAUUUUUCUUCUUAA